AUGUUGACUCUCCAAGGCUACACGAGUCGGGACAAUGGUGGAGUGGCAGUGGACGAAGCGCUCAUGUACUUGCAUCUGUCGUCUUUCUUGGCGUUCCGGCAUGUACAGGAGAGGAAUGGAGUGGUCAUCUCGUCCCUACCAGAGCGACUGGAAGACUGCGAUUUCGAUUGGACGUUCGAAGCCAGGGACACACAGAACUCGCCUCUUCAAGCCGUUCAUGCAUUGGUCGCUGCCACCACGGAUCCAACCCAAGUGACAGACAGCCAUGCCUCCAGCACAAGCACAGAAGACGAACAUUGGACUUUGUCACACUCACAGCAGCAAGAGACGCAACAAGAAGAGACGGAUCAACCAACUGAGAAUCCAAAUGGUUCUCCUACGAACUCUCCUCGCACACUUCCUCCUCGCACGGUGCCUCCACGAACGUCUGCCCCCGUACCCCGAGAUACACAGCCUCCCUUUCUUCCUCCUCGUGGUGGCGCAAGAAAACGGCAGCUACAGGACAUUAGUACUACUACUGCCGGUACUACUAGUGACGACAACGCAUGGCAAUUCCCUGUUGGCAUUGUGGGGGCCAUCUUUUCCAGUGUUACGGCUCCUCUGACACAGAUUGGACAAGCAUACGAGUUGCCACAAAUUAGUGGCUCGGCUACCUCGGCUCAACUGGAUUCCGCUCCCUUGUUUGCCAGAUCCGUCCCUACCAAUGCGGGAGAUGCCAGAGCCGCCAUGCUCUAUUACCAGAGUAUUGGAGUCACACGCGUGGCGUGUCUUUACAUUAAAGAUACUUGGGGUAAUUACUACAAUACCGACUUGCAGCGGGCAGCCAACGAAUUGGAACGGCCCAUUCACAUGCAGUCGUUCAGUUACGAUGAUGGAAAUGAAGAGAGUCUUGCAGCCGCAUUGCAGCAACUAAAGCAAUCGGGAUUGAAAUAUGUCUACGCUGUCUUAUUCGAAUGGAGACCCGUCUUUUUACAAGCACACGACCUCAAUCUCAUUGGAAAUGACGAUUACGUCUGGAUUGGAGCCGAAAUGAAUGAAUGGACAGCGGAAACAUUGGAGCUAUCAAGACACGAUCCGGUCGAUCAAAAGCUGGCGCUGGCACUACGGGGUGUGGGAUCGUUGGUAUUGCAUGGCAGCAACAACAACGAGGGGAUGCAAACCGCAAUGGCGGAAUUUGUCAACAGUACCACACUACAACAAGAAUACAUUGCAGCACAUGUAGCGCCGGAGGAUCGACACAUUUUUGACAAUUUCACCUUUGUCGUUCCCACCAUUGAUCCCUACCAAAAAUUAUUCUACGAUGCCACCUACAGCUUGGCCAUCGCCGCGUGCGAGACGCCCGGACUCUUUACGGGGCCAGAACUUUUCGACACAUUGGUACAUCUAGAAUUUGAAGGCGCCACCGGCACAGUUACCUUUGAUACAACGACCGGGACACGCAACCCAGAAACUGUCGAGUACCGCAUUGACAAUGUCUUUUGGAGUGACGAGCGAUCCGAUGACGACUACAUCCGAUUUGACUCGAAUUUGGCCGUCUGUGUCUCACAGGGACAAGUGGAACACGCCCAUCAGUGGAUCCACUUUGACAAUACCACAAAUCGUCCAUUGGCCAUUCCACCAAUUGAACACGAGUAUAACUUGAUACCCGUAGGGGCGCAAGUCGUCGGAUGGGUGUUGGGAAUAUUCGUCGCAGGCUUGAGUGUGGGCAUUAUGGCGUGGACAUAUGUUCAUCGCAAACGCUUUGUGGUGCGGGCCAGUCAGCCAAUUUUCUUGGUCCAGGUGUGUGUCGGGACUUUGAUUAUGAGUCUGGCAGUAGUACCCAUGAGUAUGCAGGGGGAAGAAUCGACUCCUCGAUUGGAUGCCGCCUGCAUGAGCACUCCCUGGCUGCUCUUUUCGGGAUUUGUCGUUGCCUUUUCGGCUUUAUUCUCGAAGACAUGGAGAUUGAACCAACUCUUGGCAUCGGGUCAGGGGAUGAAGCGAAUUCAAGUCCAAGCCAAAGACGUCAUGUGGCCGUUUGCUGUACUCAUGACCAUCAACGUCACUUUGCUCUUGGGGUGGACGUUGGUGUCACCAGCAAAAUAUGUCCGGGUCGAUGGCAACGAUAUUGAUGAAUAUGGAAGAAGCCUGGAAUCCUGGGGGCAGUGCAAGAGUCAGGACAACAAGUUUCUGUACUUUUUGAUUCCCAUUCUCUUCUUCAACAUGGUGGGGAUUGCCACGGCUACGUAUCAAAGUUAUGUGGCCCGUGAUCUACCAACGACCCUGUCCGAAUCUUCGUAUCUGGCAGUCAGCAUGCUCAGUCUCAUGGAGAGUCUCUCCUUGGGUGGCCCCAUGUUGUUCUUGGUAUUGGGCCAACCUACCGCUUUCUAUUUGGUGGGUUCAGCCAUGAUAUUCAUUGUGAAUGCCAGUAUAUUACUCCCCGUGUUUGUGCCCAAGUACCUGCAGCGGAAUGCAACGCAGCGAGGAAUGGGAGGCAUGACAUCUUUGGUUUCCUCGGUUCCACGUACAGGCGAUACCGGUAGUGUCAGGGGCAGUGCCACGACUGGACGAGACGAAUUCACGGAACCGGGGAAGAUGCACAUUGUCCGUGCGUCCACAGGUACCGCCAGCAUUAUUGAUUAUAGUAGUGGGAGCAACGGAACGGGUGAAGGCACACGCAGACGAGAAGCUCAUCCAGUAAAUGGAUUUGAUGGACAUGCCAGCUUUGGGCAAUGGCAGGGAGGAGCAGUGCGCUUUCAGGGGCAGGGGCUUCCACCUGUGGCAGAGGACGUGUAA